UGGAACAACAGGAAGUGGACGUCCAUCAAGCAAGAUGGGGAGGAAGAUGGACAGGGUUCGUCGAUUGUUCCAUAGCAGUAGGCGUGAUAUUCUACUACAGCUGGAAGCAAAGCAGGAUGCGUUGCUUCACAGAGUAUCGCAGAUAUCGCAGAGUAUCGCAGAGUAUCACAGAGUAUCGCAGAUAUCGCAAGAUCAUGGGGGGCAUGACAAAUUGAAGGAAAAACUGGAAGAAUCAGAAAAGGAGCUCAAGCACAGACUGGAAAAGGGACAAAAACACGAGAGGAAACUUGAGACAGAUUUGCAAGAAUUGACCAAUCAAAUCCAUCAGCUCGACUUGGAAGUUGUCCGUCUUAAAAUGGGCAACCAGCAACUAACCAACGACAAGUCCCGUCUGUCUCACCAGCUCGACGAGUUACGAGAAUCUCUUAAAGAAAGCAAGCAUAGCAUAUUUGUGUUGGAAAAACAUAAAGCCGAGUUAAAGAAAAAUUGUAAUACACACAAUGAUCGCAUCCGAGAAUACGAGCGCAGCCUGGAAAAGUCUGAUCUAGACAGAGGCCGACUUAAAGGCCUUCUGGAGACAAACGAGGAGUUGGUACAGAAACAUACAAAGGACCGGGGAAAACUGUUGGUGUACAUGAAGAAGCGUGCGAGCCACCAAGAGGAACAGAUGCGACUGCUAAGGGAACAGUUCCGGCGGAGGUUAGCGCAGGCGUACAAGGACCGCAAUGCCGAUAAAGCGUUGACGUUCACGACUAACAGCAACGAGAAACUGGUGACGCGUCUAAUGGAGGCGGAGUUUAAAGUGUAUCGGCGGGAGCGCCUCGUGGAAGUACUGGCGGAUCGGCUCCGCCAAUACGAGGACGACUUUGACGUGGUAACGGCGCCUGAAUGUGCGCCUUACUUGGACGGGGACUACAAGGGUACCACUAGAGCCGACCUGACGAGAAUGAACAGCGACCUGACAUGCACAGAUGAUUCGGAAUCGUCCACUAUGACUUCAGAUAUUUCGUACUGAUUUCAAUUACCAUGCUGUAAAACAAUCGUUGAGCUUUCCUUGAGGUCAAUGGGGUGAGGGAUGAUAACAAGGAUGUCAAGAAGUAAUUCUGAUGAAAAAGAGACAGUGUAAACAUAUAAAUAUAUAUAGCUGCCCAGAAAUAAAAUAGACUUGCCUGUUUACCGUAUGUCCGUCCUUAAUCUUUGUUUUUUUUAUUUGAUACACUGGAACACUCGACAAUAAACCCUCAGACAGAAUCGACUUGGAGAAACUGAUUUCGUGGCGUGGCUCCACUAUAUCUCUGAUUGAAAUGUGGUUAAAAUUAUUAAAACUAUUU